AUGGCGUCGAAAGGACCCGCGAAAGAUAAGAAGACCACGUCUUCCUCACGUAUACCUACGGCCGCCCCACAAAAGAAAACCGCGAACCCACCACCCUCCACAACCAAGAAAACCACAACCACAACCACAGCCGAAACCAAAAAGGGUAAGUCAACCCCGGCCGACAAAGUCAACUCUCCACGAAAAUCGGUAGACAAGUCUCCGUCGCCGUCUCUACGGAGUCCUUCGCCGUCUGUACGGAGUCCUUCGCCAUCUCUACGGAGUCCGUCGCCAUCUCUACGGAGUCCUUCUCCAUCUCUACGGAGUCCGUCGCCAUCUCUACGGAGUCCUUCUCCGGUUAUCAAACGGAGUCCUUCUCCGCUUACUACAGAAAGAAACUUACGGAGUCCUUCUCCGAUUCCUAAAGUAAAAAACGUUAAAACAUCCAAUUUGCCGAAACCGAAAGAAGUUGCGAAAUCUCCCCCUCUUAUUCCUAAACCGGUGAAUACGAAAAGCCCUACGAAUGCGAAGAAGGAAAACACAAGCGUUGGAAGUGCUAACAAGGUGGCAACUAAACAACCAACAAAGUCUCCGUCGAAAUCGGGGAAGAAACCAAGCGAAUCGGAUCGUCAGAAACAAAAAGAUGAUCAAAAUUCUGUGACUCAAGAACAAGAUUGCGAAAAGACCCUUGAUUCCGCUUCUGUUGCUACUGCUACGGAUACUGAUACCGAUGGUUUGGAAUCAGAAGAAGAUGAUAAGCAAAAUGGAGACGAUGAAGAGGAGAUUGAAGAACACAGAGAAAUUAGAGAUUCUCAUGAUCCUUUCCCAUUACCUUUAGAAGAUGAUCAAGAAAUCACUCCAUCACGCGAUGAAUCCGAAGUGGGUUCUCAAUUUAACGAAACUAUCGAUGAACAAGAAACUGAGAACCUCCGACAUCAACCGGAACCAGAACCAGAACCACAAUCAAAACUUGCAAAAUCAGAACCAGAACCGGAACCAGAAUCAAAACCUGCAAAAUCAGAACCAGAAUCGGAACCAGAACUAGAAUCAAAACAUGCAGAAUCAAAACCAGAACCGGAACCGGAACCGGAACCGGAACCGGAACCAGAAUCAAAACCAGAACCAGAACAAGAAGUAGAAUCAAAACCAGAACCAGAACAAGAAGUAGAAUCAAAACCAAAACCAGAAGCAGAACCAGAACAAGAAGUAGAUCCGGAACCAAAACUGGAACCAGAAUCAAAACCAGAACCGGAACCAGAACAAGAAGUAGAACCGGAACCGGAACCAAAACUGGAACCAGAACCAGAAGUUGAGCGUAAACCGGAGCCAGAAUUGGAACGGGAAGUGGAGAAAUCCGAAGCGGAGGAUAAGUCACCUUCGGAGCCAGAAGUGGAGUCGAAACCCGAAAUGGAGCACAAGCAGGAGUCGCAAUUGGACCCAGAAGUAGAGUCGAAAGCGGAGCAUAAGCGGGAGCCGCAAUCGGAACCAAAAGUAGAGCCACAACCCGAGCAAGAGGCGCAACAGGUACCUGCAUUAGAGCCACAAUCCAAAGAGGAACACAAAGCAGCGGAGCCACAACAAGAACCCGAAUCACAGCCGAAACCCGAAGCCAACCACAAGGUAGAGCAGAAACCCGAAGUGGAGCAUAAGCCGGAGCAAGAAUCAAACCCGAAACUUGAUCCUAAACGGAACCCAAAGAUCGCAUUUUUCGCUAACCUUGCAGCCGAUGCUAAAAUGGCGAAAGAAAACCGAGAAUUGAAAAAGAAAGAAGACAGUAGCAGUAAAAAGGUGAAAGAGGAGGAUGAAAAGAAGAACAAAAAGGAAGAAGAUGGUGGUGGAAAGGUGGCGAAAGGCGGAGUAACGGCGGCGAGUGUGGUGGCGAUGGCGGUGAGAAAGCAGCAAGCGGUGGAGCAUGCAAAUGCAAAGAAGACAAGUAAUAUGGCAUAUAAUGAAGUGAUAGAGGAGACUGUAAGCAAGCUUCGUCAAAAAAGAAAGAAUAAAGUCAGCGCAUUGGUUGGUGCCUUUGAAACCGUUAUUUCAUUGGAAUCCGAUUAA